AGCAGAUUUUGAUGCCUUGCUACAAACAUUUUCGAAACCAACAAUGCCACAGUUGAAUGGAUAUUUUGUUUACCGUGUACAUUACAGCAGAAAUCUGUUGGAGGGUGUGAAACAUUUGGUUGCAGAUCACCAGUUAGUUCCACCAGAAGAUACUCGUUCGUUUGGGGCGUUGUAUGCCGUUAUAAAUAAACGUCUGAAGAAACUUAAAAAAUGGAGACGUGAUAUCGUUUAUAACUGGCACAGGAUUGUUGAAUUUCUAAACAAUCCUUUCAUUUUUACUCAUAAGUCUAAAGCACCAGAGGGUGCUGGAAAUGAUGUUGUGGGCAAGACUGGUGUUGAUUCACUUGAAAUAGCAGGGUCUACGAUAAAACAAGAGGUUGGUAGUGCAGAGAUGGAUAUAGCUGGUCCUUUAUGUGAUGCACCUGAAACGUCAGCACAUAGGAGUAGUUUUUUUAUGGCUGAUACUAGCAGGCCUACUACUAGUGAUACUGUUACUGUAACCCCCUGUUCUGGCUACACUUUAAGGAAAGAAAGGUGCCAUCGAUGUGUUAUUAGGAAUAAAACCAUUCUUACAUAUCAAAAUAAAAUGAGAACAUUAAAGAAAGAAUUGAAAAGUGUAAAAGCAACUAAGAUUAAAUUCUUAAAGCGGGCGUUGAAUAGAAAAACCAAUCAGGCUGAAAGAUGGAAAGCUGAGUGCGGGUUACAAAAAUUCAUUUUGGAUAAUCAGCACAGGCAAAUUCUUGGCCUUAGAAGAAUAGCACUGGAAGACCAAAAUAUCGAAAUAUGUAAACAGACAAACCUGUUGGACCUACAUCAACAGGUUAUUUCCAGCAGCUCAUCGCCAGUUGUAAGUAAGCUGUGGAGCCAUUCUAUGCUGGGCAAAUGGAAUGUUACGAACUUCAGAGUUGUUGACACACCAUAUUUGGCAGCGAAGCUCACUAUUCCAGGAUUUGGUUUUGAAAGUACUGAUCGGCAUGGCAACCCAAAAAUAGCAACAGUUCUGUUCCAUAGCGUGAUGGCCAGGGUUUACUCCCUCAACAGGCCAAACGGAGACAGCUCCUUUCUUGACUGGGCCACCCUAAUACAAAAUAGGCUCAGUUUUGUUUCUUCAGUGGCUUUCACAUUUUCCCCUGAGCUGUACAACCCAUACAAUGACAAAUCAGCAUUGAAUGCUGAAGUUUAUCUUGGAUAUUUGGGAAACACUUCCACUGCUCAUGUCAUCAAAGCCUUUUUGCCAGAGAAUGAUAGAGAACCUUUAUGGACCCAAAUAAUUCAAAAUGUGUGUUUGGAUAAGGAGACGAGAAAACCUAUAGCAUUUCCAGAUUGGUAUGUGGAAAAGUAUAAAGAAAAAGGAAUCUUGGAUAAAGGACUGUUUAUAGAUCCAAUCACAAGACCUUCAAAAACAUUUACUCAUCAAAUUCCAAUUGUUUGGUCAGACACCGACAACAACAACCACACAAACUUCACCAGCUACGUCAACUUCGCAGUCAACGCCCUGCAUGCAGCCACAGGCCAGACCAACAACAGCAGCACAGCCUGCGUUUUACACGGCGUCUCCAAGGAUACGCUGCCAAAUGGACUCAAGGAGCUGCAGGUUCGGUACUUGGGUGAGAGUCAAGACGGGGAGGGGCUGAACGUCCACAUCUGGCAGGAGGAACACGACGACACGGUGCUGUGUUCCAUUGAAAGGGAUGAGACGGUCUUGUGUCAGGUCAAGCUGGUCUACUUCAAUGACAGUUUGUACCAGAAGUCACUUCCUGUAUUUACAUGAGAUAGACCUGUGUUAGGUCAAGUUGGUCUACUUCAACAACAGUUUGUACCAGAAGUCACUUCCUGUAUUUACACGAGACAGUCCUGUGUUAGGUCUACUUCAACGACAGUUUGUACCAGAAGUCACUUCCUGUAUUUACAUGAGACGGUCUUGUGUCAGGUCAAGCUGGUCUACUUCAACGACAGUUUGUACCAGAAGUCACUUCCUGUAUUUACAUGAGACGGUCCUGUGUUAGGUCAAGUUGGUCUACUUCAACGACAGUUUGUACCAGAAGUCACUUCCUGUAUUUACAU